AUGAAAAGUUUUGCGCUUCUCUGGAAGUCUUGUCAUACCCAACUAUUCGAUUAUUCCAGCAUCAAAAUUGGUCACGCUAUCGAGGCCCGCAAAGAGCAACGCCUUACACAUGUCUUGAAAAGAGUCACGAAUUCCUUUGUCGAAUUAGACGAAGAUCGAUUUGCUAUCAUGAAAACUCUGGACCUGCCUUUGAUAGCUGUAACGCGUGCCAAAGAUGAUGACUCUUUAAUCGAUCUCAUCGCAUCUCUUGCAAAUGAAGAACUAGCGGAGGAUUUCUUUGUUGGUGUCAUACCUGACGCUGAAUCCACCCGCAAAGAUUCGCUCAUCACUGUUUUCAAUGUUCUAGAUGAAACAACGCCAAAGUACCACGGUCCGUUCGAAAAGCAUGCUAUUUUACGUUUUGCCAGUUUGGUAUCACAACCCUUGAUCAGACAAUUUGAUAUGUCCUCACUAGUGAGCUUUAUGAAGUCCGGCCUACCCAUUGGAAUGAUAUAUUCAGCCAAUGAAGACGAGCGAAAAUUGAUCGCGCAAGCAUUGUCAAAUGUAGCAAUGGGUUAUCGAGGAAAGGUCAAUUUUGCUACUGUGGACGCUAUCAAGAACUCAUUUGCCCUCGAACCAAUGGGCUUGAAGCUGGACCAGCUGCCCGCUUUUGUCAUUCAGACUGAUGAAAAUAUCUACAAAUUCAGCCCAGGCGAGAGAAUUACGCCUGAGGCAAUCGAUGCGUUUGUCAAGGAAAACUUAUUUUCCGGGACGAUGCAGGUGGACCGCCUGACUGUACAAUAAAUAUCAUGCAUAACUGAGUUCCGAGA